UAUAAACCGAACCCAAAAGAAACAUUUCCUCUUCGUUAGGCAAAUUUGCUCUCAACAUUUUCUUUAUUAUUCUCUUUGAGUGUCUCCACUUCACAACAUGGCUAUGAAGACGGUAUUUGUUACUUCUAUGCUUCUCCUUGCCAUCUAUUCGCAAACGACGCUAGGGCACGAAGUGAAGUGCGAGAAUCUUGAUGAAGACACGUGCGCCUUCGCGGUCUCGUCGACAGGAAAACGCUGCGUUUUGGAGAAGAGCCUGAGGAGGAGUGGGAUCGAGGUGUACUCGUGUCGAUCAUCCGGGAUAGAAUCGGACAAGGUCACAAACAUAAUUGAAUCAAACGAGUGCAUUGAAGCGUGUGGUCUAGACCGUAAAUCUUUGGGUAUAUCUUCGGACGCAUUGUUGGAAUCUCGGUUUACACAGAAGCUCUGCUCGGCUAAAUGCUUCAACCAGUGCCCUAACGUCGUUGAUCUCUUCUUCAACCUUGCUGCUGGCGAAGGAGUGUUUUUGCCAAAGCUAUGUGAAUCACAAAGAGGGAAGACAAGAAGAGCAAUGUCAGAAAUUAGGAGCUCGGGAAUUGCAAUGGACACUCUUGGACCAGUUGGACCAGUCAGGUUGGGUGAGAUGGCACCGGAGCCGGCUACUUCAGUCGACAUCAUGCCUAAUGUGCCGGCACCUUCACCGUAUUAAUUAAGACAAAUAAUAAGGGGGGAGAUCAACACGUACCAUGUCAUGAGUUCCCGAAGAGAAUAAUCAAGAGAUUUAUGUUUAGUCCGAUGUAAUGUUUUUGCUUAUAUAUAUGUAGUAUUUCAUAAAACACACCACGAGCCACGAGGUAAGAUUAGGUGCCCGUUCUUGUAUAACUUAUAUGUACGAGUAACGUCUUAUAUUAAAAUCAAAUAAUUUGAGUUUUUCUCA